AUGACAGAGGAGGCUGUAGCUUUAGUAGUAGAUAAUGGGAGCGGGAUGGUGAAAUCUGGACUAGCUGGGGAUGAUGCACCUAAGUGUGUGUUCCCUUCAAUUGUUGGACGACCAAAAAUGCCAAAUAUUAUGGUAGGAAUGGAACAAAAGGAAUGUUAUGUAGGAGAUGAAGCACAAAAUAAAAGAGGGAUACUAACUCUAAAAUAUCCAAUAGAACAUGGUAUUGUAACCAAUUGGGAUGAUAUGGAAAAAAUAUGGCAUCAUACUUUUUAUAAUGAAUUACGAGUAUCUCCUGAAGAACAUCCUGUUUUAUUAACAGAAGCUCCUUUAAACCCCAAAACAAAUAGAGAAAGAAUGACACAAAUUAUGUUUGAAUCGUUCGAUGUUCCAGCCAUGUAUGUUAGUAUACAAGCUAUCUUAUCCAUAUACGCUUCUGGAAGAACAACAGGAAUUGUUCUGGAUAGCGGUGAUGGUGUUAGUCAUACAGUACCGAUUUAUGAGGGGUACGUAUUACCCCAUGCCAUAAAUAGGAUUGAUAUGGCUGGACGAGAUUUGACAUAUCAUAUGAUGAAAUUAUUUACAGAAAGAGGACACACAUUUACAACAACAGCAGAAAGAGAAAUAGUUCGUGAUAUAAAAGAAAAAUUAUGUUAUAUUGCAUUAGAUUAUGAAGAAGAAUUAAAAAGGUCCGAAGAACAUUCAGAUCAAAUUGAAGAGAUUUAUGAACUACCUGAUGGAAAUUUAAUAACAGUAGGUAGCGAAAGAUUCCGUUGUCCAGAAGCAUUAUUUAAUCCUACAUUAAUUGGAAGAGAAUGCCCAGGUUUACAUAUCACAGCUUAUCAAAGUAUAAUGAAAUGUGAUAUAGAUAUAAGAAAAGAAUUAUAUAAUAAUAUAGUACUAAGUGGUGGUACAACUAUGUAUAAUAACAUAGGUGAAAGAUUAACUAAAGAAAUGACCAAUUUAGCACCGUCAUCGAUGAGAAUAAAGGUUAUUGCACCUCCUGAAAGGAAAUAUUCUGUGUGGAUUGGAGGCUCUAUAUUGUCUUCUCUUUCAACAUUUCAGCAAAUGUGGAUAACAAAAGAGGAAUAUGAAGAAUCAGGACCAACCAUAGUUCAUAGGAAAUGCUUUUAA